AUGUAUCUUUCUGUUUUCUUUUUCCUUCUUUUAUGGGCGCAAGCCCUGACAUUGAAAAACUUGAACUAUUCCAUACCGGAGGAGAAGACUCAGGGUGUAAUUGGAAACAUUGCCAAAGAUGCAGAACUCGAACUGGGGGAGCCUGGCAAAAAAUCCAACUUCAGGGUGCUGGAGAAUUCCGCGCCGCACCUCAUAGACGUGGAUCCCGAAAGCGGGCUACUCUAUACUAAACAACGGAUCGAUAGGGAAACACUGUGUGGACGAAACCCCAAGUGCCAGCUCUCCAUGGAAGUGUUUGCUAAUGAUAAAGAGAUCUGCAUGAUUAAGGUAGAAAUACAGGACAUCAACGAUAACGCACCCAUCUUCCCCUCUGAUCAGAUUGAUAUUGACAUUUCUGAGAACGCAGCCCCAGGCACCCGCUUCCCCUUAGCUGCCGCGGUGGACCCAGACUCCAGGGAAAAUGGUCUAAAAACUUAUCAUAUCACGCGAGACGAUUACAGCAUAUUUUCUUUGGAUGUAAAAUCCAGAGGGGAUGGGACUAAAUUCCCUGAGUUAGUUGUUCAGAGAUCUUUAGACAGAGAGGAGCGCAGUCACCAUACCCUCAUUAUAACAGCUGUGGAUGGAGGGGAAUAUCCCAAAUCAGGCACAGUACAAAUUAAUGUGAAAGUAACGGAUUCUAAUGACAAUAGCCCUGUCUUUGAUCAGCCAUCCUACGUAGUAGAGAUUCCUGAAAAUUCAGCUCCUGGUACAGUAUUGAUAGAUUUAAAUGCCACAGACCCUGAUGAAGGAAGCAAUGGGCAGGUAACAUAUUCUUUCAGUGGCUACGUGCCAGACAGGAUCAAAGAGUUGUUCUCAAUAGACCCUAGAACGGGUGUCAUAAAGAUUCAGGGAAAAAUCGACUAUGAGGAGAACCCAAUUAUAGAGAUUGAUGUUCAAGCAAAGGAUCAAGGCCCCAACCCAAUUCCCGGGCAUUGUAAAGUCACUGUUAAAGUGCUUGACAGGAAUGACAACUGGCCGUCAAUAGGAUUCGUGUCAGUGCGACAGGGGGCCGUUAGUGAGGCUGCUCCCCCAGGGACAGUCAUUGCUCUGGUGAGAGUCACCGACAAGGACUCUGGCCGUAACGGGCAGCCCAUGUGCAAAAUCUUGGGUAAUGUUCCUUUCAAACUGGAAGAGAACUAUGAUAACUUCUAUACUGUAGUGACGGACAGACCACUGGACCGAGAGGUGAAGGAUGAAUACAACGUAACCAUAGUGGCAAGAGACAAUGGAAACCCGCCCUUGAACUCUACAAAGUCAUUUACUGUCAAGAUUUUGGAUGAGAAUGAUAAUGCUCCCCGUUUUACUAAGAUGGUGUACCUCCUGCAGGUACCAGAGAAUAAUAUUCCUGGGGAAUACCUAGGUUCUGUUCUGGCUCAUGACCCAGAUUUGGGUCAAAAUGGCACUGUUUCCUACUCCCUCCUUCCCUCCAAUGUGAGUGAGGAAUCCAUCACCACCUAUGUUAAUAUCAAACCCACCGAUGGUGCCAUUUAUGCUUUACGGAGUUUCAACUAUGAACAGACAAAGUAUUUCGACUUUAAGGUUCAGGCAAAGGAUUCUGGAUCACCUCAUUUGGAGAGCAACACUACAGUGCGUGUGAGUGUACUGGAUGUCAAUGACAACAUCCCUGUAAUCGUCCUUCCUCUACUACAGAAUGACACAGCUGAAAUCCAUGUUCCAAGGAAUGUUGGCGUGGGCCACAUCAUCACCACAGUCAGGGCAGUAGACAACGACUUUGGCGAGAGUGGCCGACUCACCUACGAGAUCUCAGAUGGAAACGAGGAGCACCUAUUUGAGAUCGACUCGGUUACGGGUGAGGUGCGCACUGCCCAGCCACUGUGGGAGGAGGUGUCAACCGUGGUGGAGCUGAUAAUCAAAGUAACGGACCACGGAAAGCCAACGCUCUCUGCCAUGGCUAAGCUUAUCGUCAAGGCAUACUCAGGCCCAUUACCAGAAGGUGAACCACGGAUAAACGCAGAGCAACGCAACUGGGACAUGUCUCUGCCCCUCAUAGUGACGCUCAGUAUCAUAUCUAUAAUGCUCCUGGCCGCCAUGAUCACCACUGCUGUCAAGUGUAAGCGGGAAAACAAAGAGAUCCGCACCUAUAACUGUCGCAUCGCUGAGUAUGCGCACCCACAGCUGGGCAAGGGCAAGAAGAAGAAGAUCAACAAAAAUGACAUCAUGCUGGUGCAGAGUGAAGUGGAGGAACGAGACACUAUGAACGUGAUGAAUGUGGUUAGCAGCCCCUCCCUGGCCACCUCGCCCAUGUACUUCGAUUACCAGACCCGCCUGCCGCUCAGCUCCCCGAGGUCAGAGGUCAUGUACCUCAAGCCCACAGCCAGCAAUCUCAGCGUGCCUCAAGGACACGUUGGCUGUCACACCAGCUUCACAGGGCCUGUGACUAAUACCACAGAGACGCCAGUUAAUAGGAUGUCGAUAAUUCAGACAGACAAUUUUCCCGCUGAGCCCAAUUACAUGGGUAGCAGGCAGCAGUUUGUUCAAAGCAGCUCUACGUUUAAGGACCCUGAGCGAGCGAGCCUUAGAGACAGUGGUCAUGGUGACAGUGACCAGGCAGACAGUGACCAAGACACUAAUAAAGGUUCGUGCUGUGACAUGUCCGCCAAGGAGGCCCUGAAGAUGAAAGCGACAGGGCUUAAACCCCAGCCUCUCGAGCAGGAAGAGGACUGUGUAAACUGCACAGAAGAGUGUCGGGUCCUGGGUCAUUCAGACCGUUGCUGGAUGCCUCAGUUCCCAUCCACUGGAGGAGGUACCCAGGCAGAGGGCACAGACUAUCGCACAAACAUCUUCGUCCCUGCUGGUAUGGAGGCCGUCACGGCAGAGACGGAGACUUACGAGACCAUCAACCCCAACGGCAAAAAGACCUUCUGCACUUUUGGCAAAGAGCGCCGCGAUCACACCAUCCUGGUGGCCAACGUCAAGCCAUACCUAAAGGCUAAACGUGCCCUGAGCCCACUGCUCCAGGAGGUUCCCUCUGCCUCCUGUAGCCCCACCAAAGGUUGCACCUCCUCGCCUUGCUCUUCCAAAGGUUUGGCAGAUGGGGCAGAGGGAAAACCAAGCACUAGCCAUUAUGGACCCCCAGACGGACAGUACCUCUCACCUACCAAACACACCAAGGAGCAGGGUUACCCCAUGCCCCCUUCUGACCCCGUGGCCAAGGUGUUGGCUGAGGCUCGCUCUAGGAUCAGCCAGGAGACUGGCGGAGACAUGGACUGCGUUCUAGAGCAGAGCGGUUCAGAGAUGAGCAGGGGAGGCAUGGACGCGGACCAGGUGGUUCGAGACAUAGACAAACUCUUGCAGGACUGCAGAGGCAACGAGGCCACGCCCGUAAGAAAGUGA